AUGCGAAAUAUUUAUUAUUUAGCAAAAUGUGAACAAGCACUUAAUCAAUAUCUUGCAUUAUACCAACUUGGUAAUUUGCAACUUAAAAAUCUUAAUAAACUUUGUUAUAAAACUGAGCCACAAGUUUUAAAAUCAAACAUAUUAUUUUUAAAAGAAAUAACUUUAAAGCAAGCUUAUUCAUCUUACGAAAAUUCAGUAUUAGAACGUAGUUUUCUUGAGUCAAUAGCUUUUGUAAUAGAAUGUGAAGUUAUAAAUGAAAUAUUAGCUUCAAAAAAUUGGAGUUUGAUGAUUGAUGAGAGUACUUCAUUUAUAGCCAAAUAUUUUGCAAUAGUAUCAAAACAUAUAUCAGAAAAUCAACCUGUUUUAUGCUAUUUAAAACUUGUUGAACUUGAUAAUUGUAGUGCUGAAGCUAUAAUGAAUGAUCUUAAUUGUUUUAUAAUUGCCAAAUCAAUUGACAUAAAUAAUUUAAUUCAUUUUGGUAGUGAUAGUGCUAGUACAAUGCUUGAAAAUCAAACUGGCAUAGCAACCCAGCUUAAAAAAAUUAAUCUAUAUAUAACAGAAAAUCAUUGUAUUGCAUAUCAUUUAUAUUUAGCUUGUAAAGAUACAGCAAAAAAAAUUCAAUAUUUUUAA